GCUGCUCCACAGCCAGUAAAAGCAGCGUGAACCUCAGGUUUAGCCAGUCUGCAGGUUUGCAGUGUUAGUAGUGGAGUCAGCUGAAGCAAAGAGCAGUUGCUUGGUGUUUUGAUCACAGCAGCGUGAAUCACAUUUAUUACAGUAUGUGGAAGCCCAGCCGUGCUCAUAAACACCGCACCAGGUUCACUAUUUAUUUAUAUUUUUAUUUUAAUCGGAGUCACCGAAAUAGUGUAAACGACCAAAACGAGAGCUUUGCCGCGCACGUUGACCCGCUGGGCUUCCUGGUGCUCUGCAUGUUGCCAUCCAGCAAUAACACUUGAUGAAUCACACACAUGCGAUGACUAAGAGAGGACACGACUCGGAAUGAAUGCUGAUAAUAAAGCAGACUUGAGAGGCUGGCAGGGUCAGGGGCACGCGCUGCAGGAAGCUGUAAUGGGCUAAAUGGGUUGUACUGGACCGCGUUAAGGGAACCGUUAAUGAGGCCGACUCUGCUGCAGUAGACCAGAAGUCCAGUGCUGAGUCCAGUAUCUUAGCUCCGAGGGCCGGGCCUGUCACUUUAGUUUUACGAAUUCCAGGAAAUUCUGAUCUGACGCUGAAUGUCGCAUCUUGUUGUAAAGCCUCUAUUUACAAUCGCAGGCGUGGAGCGGACUUUGACCGAGACGCGCCUCCCGCUCCGGACCGGGCUCUCCGUCGCCAUGGCUACCACUGCCUUCGUUGAGGUGUCGUGAGAGUGAACAGGGCACAAGUUUUGCUUUGAAGCAAACAAACGGGGGGGGCGUCGCGUCGUCUCAUGUGAGCACCGUGCUGUAGGUUGUGCAGAUGUAAAGGGUCCUUCCGCGUCAGAAACCUGGUCAGAAGAGUCCCUAACGGAGCGUGGGAGCCUCCUCUGGGGAUACUCCAGGCGUGCGGUGACCUCAUCUCAGCCACACACUGCCCACACUGUUGCGGCAGCGGCAUCAAAGGCCGCUCCACAAGUGCGCGCUUGUAGCGGCCGCGGCCGCCGCGCGCAUGGGCCUCCGCCCGCAGCCCUUUGUCUCUGCAUACGACACAUCACUCUUCCUUUCCUCGGCUGCUGCUCGGCGAGUCGCAGCACGCCCUCCGCCGCGAUAAGCUGCGACUCUAAUCAUUAACGCACCGCGCUUAUUGCAGGCGAGAGUCGGACAGCGGGGGGGAAGCUGCGGUCUGCUGGUGAGAAGACAUCGGAACACGGCUUCAGCCGGACUGCACAAGGCUUUGACUGCUCUCCAUGUUACAGGGAAAAGAUGACGGGCUUCACGGCACUGCACGUCCUCUGGCUCACGUCUGCUUUCACUUUUGCUAGAGAAGAGAUGGUGAGGCUCCAUGUGAGCCCCCGGGUCGCGGCCGCGGCCGGCCGCCCGGCCGCGCUGCGCUGCAGCGUCUCCUCUGAGCGGCCGAGUCACCUGCGAGUCCAGCACAUGGAGUGGUCCCGGAAUAAGACGACCCUGUGCUCCGUGAACAGCCGAGGAAACCUCAGCACGAACGCGCAACUCGCCCCCAGCGACUUCCACUGUGGAUACGAGGAUCAGCAGCUGGUCCUGGUCUUCAACAGAGUCCGGCCAAUGGAGAGCGGGCGCUACGGCUGCAAGCUCCAGUCCAACCAGGGAGCCCUGCAUCAGUACACGGUUCUGGAGUUAGAAGAGCACAGCGGGGGGGCUGAGGGCUACGUGACGCGCCACGGCCCCGCCUGCAGGUUCCGACACGUCCACCCGGACGGGGAGGUGCACUGGUUCCACGGCUCGCGCCGGCUCCCGCACGACGGGCGGCACGGCACCACCAAGCGCGUGGAGGACGGCGGCUGGCUGAGCAUCGACAGCCACCUGAGGCGGAACGCGUCCGAGGAGCCCUACAACUGCUCCCUGCGGAGCGCCGGCUCGGGCAGGGUCAUCGCCAGCGCCCUGGUGUACCACACCGACGCCUUGCUCGAGGGCGACGGGGGACACGCGCCCUCGUUGUUGCGCAACGGCGGCGCCGCGGCCGCGGGGGCGGUUUUGUACAUUUCAACCUCGCUGCUUUUCACUUUGCAAUGAGGGAAAACCGUGUCGGCGCACUGGACUUCAGGGGGAAAACCACUGGUUAGGAACCAGCAGCUACGGUGAGGUACCGAAACAGAAACGGGAGCGGAAACACCCUCGGCUGUUGAGGUAGCGAUCCAAGGUUCAUAAUAGCUGCUGGUAAGUAAACAAGGCAAUUACACUCAAUACAGAGGUGAUACCAGACAAGACAGGUUUGCUGCAGGCCCAGCAGCUGGUGAACUGGUUUUAGAACAAACACACACCCACACACACGGUAUUUCCAGGAUACAGCAGGAACCCAUGUAAAUCCCCCCCGGAAACACUGACGCCUUUGUGUAAAAAGUACCAAAAACUCCAUUCAAUGUGAGAAUUCGCUCGAAUACAAGCGCUGCGUUCCUCUGGUUGGAUGCUGCCCUCUAGUGGCCUAGUUUUGACUUUCUGUCCUGCAAUGUUGUGAUACGCAAGCCAAGCAAUGUAGCGCACACACACACACACACACACACACACACACACACACACACACACACACACACACACACACACACACACACACACACACACACACACAGCUUUGUGCUGUUAGGUGGAAUGAUAUAUGUAUAUAUAGAAAGUAUGUAGAAAUAUUGCUUCUGAUACAAAAAAUAUUCAAUUGCUGUAUAUGUAUAAUUUGCUUUAACACAUGAUACAUAGUAGAAAGAUACAUACAUGCACAUAAAGAGAGUUUUUAGAAUAUCAUGAUUUGUUGUUGUAUAUGUUUUGUAUAAAACUCUUUGCUGACAAAUCAAAAGCUACUGUGGCUUCAACUGAAUCUCUUUUUAAUGCUGUUUUGAAUACAACAAUUCACCAAAUACAUAUGUACUGUAAAUACAAAUAUAAAUGGUACAUCACAAAUAAAUUCAAUAAAAUAGAUUUUAUUAAAGUG